AUGAAUGUUUUCUCCAAGCUUUUGGACCUUGGUGUUAAGGAGGGGAUCUUCAUAUUUCACCCGAAAUGCAAGAGGAUUGGUCUUACCCACCGUUGCUUCGCGGAUGAUCUAAUUAUUAUUUCUAGAGGGUCUCUUGACUCUGUUUGUGGGAUUAAGUGUGUUCUUGAUAUAUUUCAUGAGAUGUAUGGGUUUUGGUUUAAUGCGACUAAGAGUGACUUGUUUGUUUCAGGGGUUUCGGAGAUAGAGCUUGCGAAGAUUUGUGAGUGUAAUGGAUUUAAAUUGGGGAGGCUUCCAGUUCGUUAUUUGGUUGUUCCUUUGGUCAUUAGAAAGCUUGGUGAGAAAGAUUACCAGGGUGUGAUUGAGAAGAUUCGAUCCAUGCUUAAUUAA